CUAACACACUUGUGGAUCGCGAGGCCACGCGGCAGCGGUUCCUCAGUCAGUGUGAUUUUCGGUGAGCCUCAGGUGGGAGCUUCCGGUGCGGUCACCACGGCCCGGGUGAGUUUCCCGCGGAGGACCGUGACGAGACAGCUGGGAUAGACAAUGAUCAACAUGAAGCAGUUUUUAAGUCCGAUGGCGGUGGUCUACGUCGCCAUCACCUGCCUGGUGCUGUUUUACUUGUCAAGCUUCCGUCAGUCCGGCGUCACAACAUUGUGUUCGAAAUUCUCGAGGAACAACGACGCAGGUGGCGGGGCGGUGAUGGACAUGAUGCGCCUACUUCACGGCAGCGUUGAGAAAGUGAUGAUUGACGGUCAGCUGCCUGUGGACCCGAAGGAGGAGAAGUCGUGGAGCCUCUGGGGCAGCGAUCCUCCCGGGAGCCGGUGUUCCAAGUACAAGACAAGGUUCGGGAUGCGGCUGCCGUUGGUGUGGCUGUCGUCGUACCCUUGUUCCGGAAACACCUGGGUGCGCUACCUGCUGGAGGCGGCGUCGGGCAUAUUCACCGGCUCCAUCUACGCCGACGAAAGUCUCAUGGAGAGAGGUUAUCUUGGAGAGUAUGACAGUGUUACCAGCAUGCGAACACUCGUGCAGAAAAUACACUGGAUUACACCGUGCACGCCCAAGGACCGCCAGUGCCCUAGAAACAACCGAACGAUUCCCACCGUCCUGCUGCUCAGGAAUCCGGCUAAGGCCAUCAUAUCAUACUACAAGUAUACGAAAACUUUAAGUCACACAAAACAAAUCCCAGUCUCUGACUUUCGGACCAAAUCGUUCCACUACUUUGUGAGGCACAAUAUAAGGUCGUGGAGGGAGCUGGCCCUGGACCGCCUUUUGAGGACCGAAGCGCCGCUGUACGUGAUGCACUACGAACGUCUGGUGCAGGAGCCUAUCAAGGAGCUCACCGCCCUCCUCGCCUUCCUCGGAGUGCAUUGGGACGAGGGCAGGAUGGAGUGCAUCGCCUCACACCUGGAUGGCAGCUUCAAAAGGACAGGCAACGCGGCCCUCGACCCCUACACCGCGGAGGAGAAGGCGGUGAUGGCGAUGGAGAUGGCAGCUGUCAACAGGACCCUCCUGAUGAUGGGCUACCCACCCCUUCAGACCUAACACUGAGUGCAGGCCUGUGAACGUAAAAAAUAUAUGUAUUACAGAAGAAGAGAGUAUGGUCAGUUUUUCACAAAGUAUGAUAGCAUUGUGGCCUUCUGAUUUGUAUGUUAUUUUGCAUGCUUCCUUCUCAAGCUUAUAUUCUAUUUCAUCCUUGACAUCCUUUACGGAUGUUUUCUGUACGUUUAUUUUUUUUUGGGGGGGGGGAUAAAAACAGUUUUGUAUAUUACAAAUUAGCUUACCCGUCAAUCUGUCUCCUGCGCAUCAGUACUUACUCAAAACUUCAUGUUUAUAUCUUUGAAUCAUAAAAAAUAUUAAUCAUAGGAUUUAUGUUUCCUUCAGGGCGUAUGUGUAAAUCGACACAAUAAAGCUUGACAUGACACUUUUGGUUAACACACCAAAUAUCUUUAUGCUUGCUAUUUUGACAUGAAUCGUUACCACGUAACGCUGCUCUGCAGUCACUGGUCUCUGCUGUUAAUAUAAACAUGUAGUUAUCAGUAAUACUAGAAUUACUAGAUAAUGACACACUGACAUCGGCGCCUUUUUUGUUAGCAUAUUUUACGUUUACUUCUAGUGAUUCAGUUAUCAACGUUCAGUAUUUCGAUGUUAUUAAAUAUUUGUAGUUUUAUUGUAGUUAAUAGUUCUGUAACUUUUUUUUCAUAAAGGAAGCAGUUAAAGUUAAAGAAAAUAUACAAAAAAGCUAAGCGCUGCUCCUGUAAAUAGAAAUCAGAUAGAGUGUCCAGAAGAGAGCAUCACACUCGGUUUCGGAAGUAUUUUGAUAUUUCCGUCUUGGGAGCAUUUUGGUCGUAGGCAAGAGGAAUUAAACGAAAAAAGCAGUUCCAUACUUUACUAGCGAAAAAAAUGAAAGACUGAAGAUGCUGGUUAACCUUUGCUGAGGGGAUUUGAAUAACAUAUUGAUGAGAAAGAUUUGGAAGUCUUGUCAAAUAGGCCACCGGGAGGGGCGUUCAUAAGAGCAAUCAGCAUGAAGAUAUCGAAAAAAGAUAGAAAAAAGUGGUGCAGUAUUGUGGCGUAGUUUGAAAAGUAGAUGAAGAAUGUCGGUAAAAGAA